AAUGACCGGUAAUUUACGUAAGUGGCGACACAUAAUGGUUAUUGUUGUAAACACGGGUGUUAUUUUAUUAUUCACGUAAAUUCCCAACUCCUGCUGGACGUUGUUGUAAAUUAUUCAUUAUUUAUACAUUUAUAACAUACAGGUCACUUUUAGUUAGCUAUCUACACUCGUUAAAUGAUAAUCAGCGAUAGUUACUCGAGCAGUCGAGCAAACCAUAAUAAUAUUAAAUAUUAAUACACUGCAGCUGGUGGUUAUCUAACAAAUUAUCAAAGGUAGGUAAUUUGUUUUAUUGGAUUUUUUUCCUAUAACGUAUUUUAGCUAUUUCAGUAUUGUUGCAGACAUCGUAUUCGUUUGACAUCGCUUUAUUAGCAGUUCACCAGUUCGACAUUUCGCAGUUAGACAGUUCACGUGUCAUUGCAUUUUUAAAUAUUAAUUUUUUAUUCACGUAAAAAAUAUUAAGUAUGGAUGUAGAUACUAUGCGUAGUAAAUUCAACGAUUUAUUUAAUAAGUUGAUUAGUCAAAAACGGACUGACAAUAAUUCUUAUUUUAGUUUAUCGGAGUAUAGUGAGCAAAUUUCCAAAGUUAAAGAGUCGAAAAAAAUAUUAAAUACUAAGGGAUUGAAAAAAUCGGUAAAAGAUUACAGGAUGGUUCGUAAGUAUGAAAUAUUAAUAGUCAAUGGAAAAGAACGCUUGAUAAAACCAGUAUCAGAAAAUAAUAAUUCUAUGCUUUAUUAUGUAACAAAUGAAGAACUUUUUGAUAUUCUUCAUACUACUCAUUCGUCUAUUGGACAUGGUGGGAGAAAUCGAAUGGUUGCGGAAAUAAAAAAUAAGUAUUGCAAUAUAACUAAGGAAUCAAUUAUGCUAUAUUUACAACUUUGUUCACACUGCCAAAAGAAAUCUACUAAUAGAAAAAGAGGAAUGGUUUCCAAACCAAUAUUACACAAUGCUUUUAACUCAAGAGCACAAGUAGAUUUAAUAGAUAUGCAAUCCCAAAAUUUUAACGAUUUUCGGUUUAUUUUUUGUUAUCAAGACCAUUUAACGAAAUUCGUAAUUUUAAGGCCUUUAAAAAGUAAACGUGCAGAGGAGAUAGCAUAUAAUUUACUUGACAUUUACACGACCUUUGGUGCACCAGCUAUUUUGCAGUCAGAUAAUGGCCGUGAGUUCGUAAAUUCGACUAUAACUGAACUACACAAUAUGUGGGAAGACGUCAAAAUUGUUCAUGGUAAACCAAGGCACAGUCAGAGCCAAGGUUCUGUGGAACGAGCAAAUAGAGAUGUAGAGGAUAUGUUGGCUACGUGGAUGGCAGAAAACAAUAGUACGGAUUGGCCCUCUGGUUUGAAAUUUAUUCAGUUUCAGAAAAACCGAGCUCUUCAUUCAGGUAUUGGAAGAUCUCCUUAUGAAGCCAUGUUUGGCUGUACUGCCAGAACAGGACUAUUAUCGAUUGGUCUACCAAAUGAUGAAAUAAAUUCAUUAAAAACAGAAGAAGAUAUAGAAAAAUUGUUUAAUCAAAUGCAAGAAAUUGGAUUACAUGAUUCAAAACAAAAUAUUGAAGAAGUUAUUUCACCAAUUUCAGAACAGCAAGAAAAUAUGAUAGAUACAGAUACGAACCUAAGAAAAUGUGAAACAUGUUUUAUUUUCCUGGAAGCUGACAAUGAAAGUACAAAAUGCAUGCAUUGCCAACGUCAUGAGAAAAUACAGAAUGAACGACAUAAAUCAAGUGAAUGCUUAAAGAAACAAGCCAAAAAAAUGAUGACUAUUUCAAAUAAGAAAUUUAGUCCACUAGAAGUUGGUACCACAGUUAAAGUUGGAAUACCUGAUGUUGAUCGAGCACGUGGAUCACCACGAAACCUAUUAGCAGUUAUUACCCAGGUUGAAGAUGAUUUAUAUAAAUUAGGUACAGAGAACGGCAUAAUUAAACAUUUGUAUACUCGAUCGCAGAUCGAUCCCUGCAAAGAAUGUUUUGUUGAUUUGGUAUCUGUAAAUACCGAAAAAGAAAUUACGCUUAGAGAAGCUGCAGGUUUUAGUAGUGUCACUGGACCACAAGGUUACAGAAGGUGUAAUUGCAAACUAAAGUGCAGAACAAACAAAUGCAUUUGUCGAUUAGCGGGAAUAUUGUGCAAUUCAAAAUGUCACAACAGCAUGCCUUGCGAAAAUAAAUAAUAAAUAUAAUAUAUAAUUAAUAAUAAAAAAAAUUAUAAGAUAAAUAUUAAUAACUGUAGUCUGUAAUUAAUUAAAUUAAUGUGUAUUUUCAGUAAUUUACGUAAUUUACCAACAGUCAAUGGUUAAUAACGUUAAUAUUCGGUCAUUGAGGUAAAAUUGUUUUAUUUUGUUUUGUAAUUUACAACAAUAGUCUAUUAUCUUGGAAACUGACGUUAUUGCCCGGUAGUUUACGAAAAUAACCUAGCAACUUGGCUUCUAACGUUAAUGACCGGUUAAUAACGUAAAUGUUCA